UUGUUGCUGUUGCUGCUCCUGCUGCGCUAGCUGGGCCACUGCGUGUCUACUUGCCCCCCACCCCUUUCCCCUCGCUGCUUGCUCUGCUUUGCCGUUUGCACUGUGCCGCUGCUCGUAGUGAGCGAGUGGUUGCUGCUCCACUUGCUCAGCUCCGGCCCCCUCGCCUAGCCUCCCGCGAUCGAGUUCGUCAACCGAACCACCCACCACCGCGCGCGCCCCGCCACCAACCUCUCGCUGCCCCGCCCCGCCUCGCCAUCAUCCGUUCGACGCGACGCCACCCCGACCCCGCCUUUAAUAUACUUACCUUCCCCCCUGCAGCCUCACGCCCGACGAGACGAUCGCAUUUGCUUCAGAUCCAGACCGCCGCCGCCGCCGCCGUGCGGCGUGCCCGGGAUGGCGAUGAAGCACCAUCUGGCGAGGGGCCGGCCUGAGCCCCGGCGGGUGGGCAACGCCGCCAUGGUCGUCACCAUGCUCCUCUCCCUCUGCGUCCUCACCUACAUCAAGGCCCGCUACUGCUCCACCCCCUUCCCCAAGGCGGCGGAGGAGCUGGAGGUGGUGGAGAUCGACGAGGACUACGACAGCACGAGGUACAAGAUGACGGGGCCGAUCGGGGAGGAGGACUUCGACCCGAGCCGGCCGACGUGCUACGUCACGAGCAAGCGGUCGGAGCGGUGCGCGGCGGUGGGGGACAUCCGCGUCGACGGCAACCACUCCAAGAUCUACAUCAGCCCGCUCGACAAGGAGUGGAAGACCAAGCCGUACGCGCGCCGCCACGACGCCGUCGCCAUGGACGACGUGAGGGAGUUCACGCUCGUGCCCUUCGGCGGCGCCAACGACACCGCCGUGCCGCCGCUCUGCACCCGCAACCACUCCGUCCCGGCGUUCCUCUUCUCCAGCGGCGGCUUCGCCGGGAACCUGUACCACGACUACACCGACGUGCUCGUCCCGCUCUUCACCAGCACCAACCACUUCGGCGGCGAGGUGCAGUUCCUGCUGAGCGGGAUCAAGGACUGGUGGCUCGACAAGUUCACGCCGCUGUUCCGGCAGCUCUCCCGGUACGACGUCAUCGACGUCGACAAUGACCAGGAGGUGCACUGCUUCCCGCGGAUCUUCAUCGGCGCCACGUUCCACCGCGCCAUGGGCAUCGACCCGGCGCGGUCGCCGGGAGGGGUCACCGUCGCCGACUUCAAGCGCCUCCUCCGCCGCACCUUCCGCCUGGAGCGCGCCGUGGCGUCCCGCACGGGGGCGCCCCGGCGGGACAAGCCGCGCCUCCUCAUCAUCUCCCGCAAGAGCUCCCGCCGCUUCCUCAACGAGCGCGCCAUGGCGCACGCCGCCGCGCUGGCCAGGUUCGACGUGCGCAUCGCCGAGCCGGACAACCACACCGACAUGCCCAACUUCGCCCGCCUCGUCAACUCCGCCGACGUGAUGAUGGGCGUCCACGGCGCCGGCCUCACCAACAUGGUGUUCCUCCCCAGCCGCGCCGUGCUCAUCCAGGUGGUGCCCUUCGGCGGCCUCGAGUGGCUCACCCGCGUCACCUUCAAGGACCCUGCAAAGGACAUGGGCGUCAGCUACAUGGAGUACAACGUCUCCCUCGACGAGAGCUCGCUCAAGGAGCUCUACCCCAGAGACCAUUUCUACCUCCAGCAUCCGUACGACGUGCACAAGAAAGGCUGGGACGCCAUCAAGACCGUCUACCUCGACAAGCAGAACGUCAUGCUCAACCUCACCAAGCUUACCAACACGCUGGAGGAGGCUCGCAGCAUCUUGCCCUGACCAUGCCCCGCCAUGGGAGCGACCUUCCUUCCUUCAUGCUGAUGCUUAGAUAGGAGAGCUCUUUCCUUUUUGGUUCCCUUCUUUCCUUCUUCCUUCUUCCUUCUUCUUGCUUUGUUCUUGUGGCGAGAUUCAUUUCUUUCAUUGUUUUUUGGUAAAGGAGGAGACGAGCAAGAUCGUGUCAUAGACAAGUAAGUGUCCAAAGGUUAAAUUACACAUCAACUUUGUAAAUUGGUUGCUGUCCAUAAAAUGUCAACGCAAAGAAGCUAAUUAUUUCUC